AUGAGUCUAGUAUUUUUUAAAUUAAUUUUACUUUGGGUUUUAAUUAUACCAAACUCAUUAACCGUUGAAAUAAAUAUUAAUAAAAAUUCAAACCCGAAUAUAAAAUCUGUUGAUAAAUUUAAAGUACUUUUUCUGGAAGCAAAUACCACAUUUCAUUUUAAACCCUCAAAACGGGGUUUCUUUGAAAAAUAUUUAAACACUUAUUGCUAUAGGGGAGAACCAAAAACAUUGGGGCGCAUUUUGGAAACUAUUGAGUUACAACUGGAAAUUGAGGGCGAUGACUAUACUCAAUAUGAAGGUGCUACGCCGGCUGAAGUUGAAGAACACUACUCGGAACAUCGUUCUCUCUUCAGUUUGAAUUUAUUUUCCCAAAAACGAACGCGUCUCUCGCUGUCACCUUUUAUGCAACAAUGCAUUGGCAUUGAGACUGUAAAGUCCUAUAAUGUUACUUUGUACCAAGAUAUUAUUGACUAUUAUCGGUCUAUUCAGUUACUGAGUGGUAUUUUAAUGUUCCUGUUUGCUGGUAUUUUGAGUACAAAUUCAUUGUUUUACUAUAUCACAGGCAUAUUGUUUGGUAUAUGUUCAUCAUUUCUCUUCCUUAUAUGGUUGUCGGGAAAAUUAAUGCCCAAGCGUACAAUGAUGUAUGGCGUUUUAAUAGGCGGCUGGACCGUUGGUUUCUAUGUCUUACGUAUGCUGUGGGAUAAUAUUCAAAUGAUCAUGUUGACAUAUCGUAACUAUGUGUGUUGGUACAUUAUAAUUACCGGCAUAAUUUCCUUCUUUUUUUGUUAUCGCUGGGGACCACCACAGAACAAGCGUUCGAAGAAUAUUAUUAAGUGGCUAUUGCAGCUGAUGUCUUUGGCAAUGAUCUAUUUGUCCAGUAAUUUUAAAGAAGCCACCCUAGCAAUCACACUAAUGACCAUUACAUUGUAUUAUUUUCCACGUAUUUUGAAAAAAAUUAUGAGUUUCAGAUCUACAACGUCCAAGGAAUAUUUGAAUGAGAAAAAAAUUUGUGGUAGUGGUACUAGAGUAAAAGAACUAAGAGAUGAUUGUCAACAAUGGCGCGUAAAUAGCCCUCAAUAUAAAGAUUGGAAGAUUAAAUCCAGUAAAUCACGUCCUUCGCUAACUGAUAAUUCUGGCACAGAGCAGCGACGAACUCCUACACAAAAGCCAGUUGUGAAUGCAUCACUGGAAAACUCUGUUUCUAAACAGCGCAUUGAUGAUUAUGCUUCAGGAUCAGAUGACGUAAGUUUGGGAGAACAUGAUUUGACGAAACAAAAACUUUAUCCACUACCCGAUGGUUCAUUUAUAUUAAGUGAAAAGCCACCCAUUAUAAUAACACCACGUCAUGCUACACCCAUUUAUCAUCGUUCAACGCCUGCAUUCGCCAAUGAUGAACCAGAUGAAGGUGAUUAUACACCAAAAAAUCAUCAUUCUCAUGUGCCACUGGCUGCUCAUUCUCGUCGUUUAAGUGCUGCUGCUUCUACUUCAGAUUUACUGUUAUCGGGUCGUCGCCGUGCCACACCCUCACCAUCCCAACUGCAGCGUUCUAGCAGUGUUCAACGUGUUCAAUCUCGUUCGUCUCGUAUGAUAUCAUCAGCAAAAAAACAUUAUGUCAGUAAUCCUAAGAUUAAAAUUGAAAAUCCCACUAGCGAUGAUGACUGAUAAAU